UACAUCCGGGCCUGCGGCUGCAUCCUCCCGCAUCCGACCCACCGUCCCCGGCCUCCCGUCGGCCCCGUCGGUCCGGUUCUCAUCCUGCACAGACAGACCGGAGGACGGACACGGACCGGUGGAGCUCCGCCAGCCGCAGUCAUGUCUGCGUCUCCUCCUCUCUCAGAUCUGUCUCGUCUCUAUCAGACAGAGUUUGUCCGUAGUGCUCGUGCGGUCGGCGUCCUCUGGGCCGUCUGUACGCUCUGCUUCGCCAUCAUCCAGGUGGUGGUUCUGGUGCAGCCCUCCUGGAUCGGUACCGCCGGCAGCCACCACCAGGGGGUGGGGCCGGCCCCGCCCAGCGGCACCCUUGGACUGUUUGAGGUGUGUGUGGAGUCGGACUGGCCGGUCCCGGACUGCCGUGGCAGUCUGUCCAGUCUGUCUCCUCUGCCGUCCUUCCAGUCGGUGGCGGUCCUGGUGGGCGUGUCCCUGUGGGCGGUGUGGACCAGCGUCCUGUGUCUCUGCCUGUUCAGGUUCUGCAGCGCCGCCACCGUCUACAAGAUCUGCGCCUGGCUGCAGCUGACGGCAGGUUUCUGUCUGGCUUUGGCCUGUCUUCUGUUUCCAGACUCAUGGGAGAGUCCAGAGAUGAGAGCUCUGUGUGGAGACUCGGUGGGCAGCUUCUCUCCAGGUAACUGCUCGGUCCACUGGGCGUACAUCCUGGCCAUACUGGGAGUCCUGGAUGCCGCCAUCUUGGCCACGCUGGCCUUCGUCCUCGCCAACAGACAGGAUGCUCUGCUGCCGCCGGACGCCAAGGACGUUACUACAGGUUUACUGAUGUCAGCGUAGAGUCACCAGGGAACUCAAUCUCUAUUUCUCCUCCUUCUGAUUUCUCCAUCCUUCCUCAGCCUCAAAGGAUAACGUUAGAAAUCCAAGUCACACGUUGGUGAUUUUAAAACAGAAGCACAACAUGUUUGUUUUUUUCUUCAACUUUAUGACGUAAAACACGUCACUGUCAACUCUGAAAUAUAUAUUUGUCUUCACUGUUGGCUUAAUUUCUCUGUAAUGUUUAUUAUUUAUCACAUCAGUCAGUGUAGUUUGUUAUCAUAGCUACUUACACCUACCUUUACAACUGUUCCGAUAGCUGAGGUUAUUGCGUCUACAUUAUAGAUGUUUUUACCUGAUGUUAAGCUUGAUCUCUUGUGUUGCGUCAAUUUCUAGCUAACUUAUCAUAGCUAGUAUAUAGACUGGAAAGUAACUAGUUAGUUAUUUUAGAGUUAGCAUAGAUUUAGCUGUAGUGACACUAUACACACUUAAAGUAGUUAUCUGGUGGCAUUUAGCAGCUUUUUGGUGCUUGAGUUACUUUCCAUUAAAAACUGUUAGCAGUACCGUUACAACUAAGCGUAUUGAAAGCCAAUAUGUAAUUAUUAUUAUUAUUUUUUAUGUAAGUUUAUUUUCUUUAAAGUUAGCAUGCAGAUAGUUUAGUUUAUACAUAACCUAAAGGAACAGCUAGCUUAAUGCUACAUUAGCUGUAGUUUUCAUUACACUGGGGAUCAGUUUUUAGGUUUAGUUAGUUUAAUAUUAGCUUAGUAUCUGUUAGCUAGGAAUUAGCUUAACAGCCACUGUCAGUAGAAACUUAAAAAGCGAAAUAGACAAAGUGCGGACAGAAAAUUGGUCAAAGUUCUAAUAUUUUGAAUGUUGAGCUGGUAUCACACAACAUUAGAGCAAUGAACACUUUAAAGAUGGAUUUUUUCAUUUUAAUUUUUUUUUUUUUGGUUGAGCUAAGCUAGUAGUUUCCUCCUGAUUCCACGUAAGGCUAAGCCAGUCCUGGACAAUCACAGAUGGACCUGAUUUGUAUCUAAAACUCCUGAACAAAAGA